AGGCAAUCGCAUUUGUGUGUUCGCCCUAUUUUAUUUGGUUGCCGGCUAUUUCACACGAUUUUAAUUUUUAAUCUAUUUUGAUUCACAUGUCGCAGCCAGGAAACGAUGCUCGAGUCCCAGAUGAAGAAAGUGACCUUUUGCAGAUCAAGCCGCUUGGUGCCGGUCAAGAAGUGGGUCGAUCCUGUAUUAUGCUUGAAUUUAAAGGCAAAAAGAUAAUGCUGGAUUGCGGAAUACAUCCUGGCUUGUCCGGAAUGGAUGCCUUGCCCUAUGUAGAUCUGAUAGAGGCUGAUGAAAUCGAUUUGCUAUUCAUAUCACAUUUCCAUAUAGAUCAUUGUGGAGCAUUGCCUUGGUUUCUGAUGAAAACCAGCUUCAAGGGACGUUGCUUUAUGACACAUGCCACCAAGGCCAUCUAUCGCUGGAUGCUGUCAGAUUUCAUUAAAAUCAGCAACAUAUCUACGGAUCAAAUGCUGUAUACUGAAGCCGAUUUGGAGGCCUCAAUGGAAAAGAUUGAGACCAUAAAUUUCCACGAAGAGCGUGAUGUGAUGGGCGUUCGUUUUUGUGCCUACAACGCUGGCCAUGUCCUGGGCGCUGCAAUGUUUAUGAUUGAGAUUGCCGGCAUCAAAAUCCUUUACACAGGUGACUUCUCACGUCAAGAGGAUCGCCAUUUAAUGGCUGCCGAGGUCCCGCCAACGAAACCCGAUGUCCUAAUCACUGAAUCUACCUAUGGCACGCACAUACACGAGAAACGCGAAGACCGGGAGAGCCGCUUUACAUCUCUGGUGCAGAAGACGGUGAUGCAGGGUGGCCGUUGCCUGAUUCCAGUCUUUGCCUUGGGCCGUGCCCAGGAGUUAUUGUUGAUAUUGGAUGAGUUUUGGUCACAGAAUCCCGACUUGCACGAAAUACCCAUCUACUAUGCCUCGUCACUGGCCAAGAAGUGCAUGGCCGUCUAUCAGACGUACAUAAAUGCUAUGAAUGACCGUAUCCGACGGCAGAUAGCUGUCAAUAAUCCUUUUGUCUUUCGCCACAUCUCAAAUUUAAAAGGCAUUGACCAUUUUGAAGACAUUGGGCCAUGUGUAAUCAUGGCUUCGCCGGGUAUGAUGCAAUCCGGCUUGUCGCGUGAACUCUUUGAGAGUUGGUGUACAGAUCCUAAGAAUGGAGUGAUCGUGGCGGGUUACUGUGUGGAGGGAACUCUUGCCAAGACUAUACUAUCAGAGCCGGAAGAAAUUACCACUUUAUCGGGACAAAAGUUGCCGCUAAACAUGUCUGUUGAUUAUAUAUCCUUCUCAGCCCAUACGGACUACCAGCAGACCAGCGAGUUCAUCCGCAUGCUGCGUCCCAAUCAUGUAGUCCUGGUCCAUGGUGAGCAAAACGAAAUGUCACGUUUAAAGCUAGCCUUGCAGCGGGAAUACGAGGCGGACGCCACCACAGAUAUAAAAUUCUACAAUCCACGCAAUACCCAUGCCGUGGAUCUGUAUUUCCGGGGCGAAAAGACAGCCAAAGUGAUGGGCCACCUGGCAGCGAAUAAGCCAGAACUAGCCAGUAAACUAUCUGGAGUGCUGGUCAAGCGUGAUUUCAAGUAUCAUCUGCUCGCUCCCUCGGAUCUUGGCAAAUAUACUGACAUGAGCAUGUCUGUGGUGACUCAACGCCAGUCCAUACCAUGGGGUAGCUCACUGACCACCCUGCAACUCCUGCUAGAUCGUAUAGGAGCUGGUUGUGUAGUGGUUGUGGAACCAGAGCGAAAGCUACGUGUCUUCAACUGCGUUGAGCUGACGGUGGAGCAGAAAAUUAUUAUCGUGGAAUGGCAGGCAACGCAUGUGAACGAUGUCUAUGCCGAUGCAGUUCUGGCCUGCAUCAUGCAAUCGGAGCUAGGUGGCACCAAUCUAAAAGGCGCCAGCAACCAGACCAAAUCGGAGAAUUCACGUUUCCGUGAGUGUCUCAUUGAGACUUUGCAGGAUACUUUUGGAGAUAAUUGUGUGCCAAAGCUAUUUAAGGGCGAUGUCCUGCCGGUUACAGUAAGCGGAAAACGAGCGGAAAUCAAUCUGGAAUCCUUGGUUGUUCAGUGUACUGAAGAUGAUGUCCUUAGGCAAAUGCUAAAUACAACUGUCCAGAAGUUGCAUCAGACUCUCGUCUCCGCCCUCUGAUCCCUUUCAUUCCAGUUUUAAUAGAAGUCUCUGCGCAAGUUUGCUGUUUAUUGGGUUACAAAAAUAAAGUAAAAGAAUCGUUUGAUGAGAAA